GACACACACAUGACACACCACAGUGUUACAGUUCCUUCCUAAACCUAAACAACCCUUCCUUCUCUCUCAUCCCCACUUCCACACUCAUCUUUUCCAUCUUUGCUACUCCUACUAGAAACUAGAGCCCGCUACUACCACCUUCUCCAUCUCACCCUCUCGUUUGCAACAUUCUCCUAAAAAUGGCCGACGAAACCCCCACAGCCACCCCGCCACCGGCAGAGUACCCGCCGGUCACGGUGAUUGAGUCGGAAUCGCCUUCUGUAGCCAAAAACCUCGAGUCUAAACAAGACCCACUUCCACCAGCUCCAAUACCAGAAGUGACGGAGUCUGCCAAACAAGAAGAGCCUCCGCUAGAGCUACCUCAGCAGUCUCCUAUCGCAACAGCUAAAUCCGAGGACGUUUUAGUUGUUGGGUCUCUGCAAGCCAAGGAGGGUGAGGAGCCCACGAUUCGGAAAUCGGUUCCGCAGUCUCUGAUUUCGUUCAAAGAGGAAAGCAACGUAGUGGCAGAUCUGUCAGAUUCCGAAAGAAAAGCUCUUCAGGAGUUUAAGCAGCUUGUGCAGGAAGCUCUCAACACUCACCAGUUCAGUUCUCCGAAACAAGAAGUGCGAGAGACCAAGGAAAAAGAAAAGCCAGCUCCCACAACUGAACAAGAAGAAGAAACCCCUGUUUCGGAAUCCGAAACAAAGCCACUACAUGAGCCCAAAAUCGAAGAGAACCCGGUGAAGGAAGCAGAGGAAGUGGCUAAGGAAGCAUCACAAACCGCGAUUUCUCCGGAGGAGGUUUCGAUUUGGGGUGUUCCUCUGCUCAAGGAUGACCGGAGCGAUGUGAUUCUUCUCAAGUUUCUGAGGGCUAGGGACUUCAAGGUGAAAGAUGCUUUUGUUAUGCUUCGGAACACGAUCCACUGGAGGAAGCAGUUUGGGAUCGAUGCUCUUGUGGAGGAAGAUCUCGGUGAUGACUUAGAAAAAGUGGUGUUUAUGCAUGGGUAUGAUAGGGAUGGUCACCCUGUGUGUUACAAUGUGUUUGGGGAGUUUCAGAACAAGGAGCUGUAUCAGAAGACGUUUUUGGAUGAGGAAAAGAGAACCAAGUUUCUCCGGUGGCGGGUUCAGUUCUUGGAGAGAAGUAUCAGGAAGCUGGAUUUCAGGCCUGGUGGUGUUUGCACUAUUUUUCAGGUUAAUGAUCUUAAGAAUUCUCCUGGCCCUGCAAAAAGUGAGCUUCGUUUGGCCACCAAACAAGCCCUUCAGUUGCUUCAGGACAAUUAUCCCGAGUUUGUAGCCAAACAGGUGUUUAUCAAUGCUCCAUGGUGGUAUCUUGCAUUCUACACAUUGAUCAGUCCCUUCUUGACACAAAGGACCAAAAGCAAGUUUGUGUUUGCUAGCCCAGCCAAAUCAGCAGAUACCCUUUUCAAGUACAUUUCUGCUGAGCAUGUUCCCAUACAAUAUGGGGGUUUGAGUGUGGAUUACUGUGAGUGCAACCCAGAGUUCACGAUUGCUGAUCCAGUCGCAGAAGUAACCAUCAAACCUGGAACUAAGAAGACUGUGGAGAUUAUAAUUUAUGAGAAGUGCACCAUCGUGUGGGAACUCCGGGUAGUUGGGUGGGAGGUGAGCUAUGGAGCUGAAUUUGUUCCCGACUCUCAAGGUGCAUAUACACUGAUCAUUCAAAAAGCCACAAAGAUGAACCCAACUGAUGAACCAGUGCUGCAUCACCGCUUCAAAGUCAGCGAACUGGGUAAAAUAUUGCUCACAAUUGACAACCCAACCUCAAAGAAGAAAAGGCUUUUGUACAGGUUCAAAAUCGAACCCUCCUAUUAACUAAAGAUUCUAAGUAAUUCUAAGCAAUAGUGCAAUUAAAUGUGAUUGUGCACUAAGAAGUGAAAGGAAGAGGGAGGGGCACGCUUUUCAGGCAAAUUAGAGUUUGUUGUUGUAGUCUUGUGCGGUCUGGUACUCUAGUGCAUGCUUUUCAGGCGAUGAGCAAGGCUGGUGGGGGAGCUGCAGAGUGGUUGAAUUUUGGUUUGUUUUGUGCGUCUAUACUGUAAAACAAAACUAGAGUUAUUUUAUAUGAAAGCCAGCAAAUUUGUGGACAAAAGGUAGAAAUGAUGGUAUUAACUCUGUUUAAUACUGUCUUUCACUGUAUUUGCACUGUAUUGUUAUAUUGAUCUCUAUGUAAGGGCCUUUUGGACCCCCUUGUGUGUAAAUUAAGGAAACAUCUUUAUCAGUUGUGAUGAUGAA